CGCCGGCCGCCCCUCGCUCCCAGGCGCCACAACCCCGCGCCCUUGCCGCCGCUGCGUCCCGCGAGACCUGUGGGGAGGCCGGGAGUCACUUCGGGUUCCCUUUCAGCCCACGUGGUCCUGGGACACUCCACCCAGGAACCUAGUCGGCACUGCGCAGGGAAUCCCAGCAGCGGGGUUCUGGCCCCAAAACGCGUUGCGGCAGCCUGGCGAGCGUCCUUGCGGCCUCCAAGUGCCGGUGGGGUGCGUGCGCAGGGGGCAGAAAAAUCAUGUCUUCUUCCAGAGUGGGACUCCGUUUGGCUGCCUGUUUACUAAACAUUUCAGAAGCCAGAAGAAAAUACAUUGUUGAGAACAUAGCAAAAGCAGCUCUUCUUGACAAAAAUGGAAAGAAACAUCCUCAAGUGUCAGUGCUCAAUAUAUUUUCUGAUCAAGACUACAACAGAUCAGUCAUUACAAUAGCAACUUCUGUUGAUAAGUUGGGCAGUUCUGUUCUGGCUGCCUGCCUAGAGGCCUUCCAGGCUAUCGAUAUGGAAGUUCAAGAGGGAAUCCACCCUUGCCUGGGAGCAGUGGACCUGAUUCCGAUUUACCCUCUCUCUGGUGUCACAGUGGAAGAGUGUGGAGUGGUGGCCAGAAGCCUUGCUGAGGAUCUGGUGCUGCAUGUUCCUGGCUGCAGCGUGUUUCUCUUUGGCGAAGCUGACCUGCCUGAGAAGCGCAGUCUUGUCCAGAGAAGGAAGCAGCUGGGCUGGUUCACGAGGAGGGAUUUCAGUGCUCUUCAGCCUGACCUGGGAGCUGCCCCUGCCCGAAGAUGUGGUUUAACAGGUGUUGGUGCCAGCCCGUAUGUGAUGAACUGCAACAUUACCAUAGAUUCUCAAGACAUGUCUGCAGGAAGAGAGAUCGCUAGUGCCAUUCGGGGCUCAAAUGCAAAUGGAUUGAAGGGUGUCCAAGCGAUGGCUUUUCCCCACGAGGGAAAAAUUGAAAUAGCCUGCAAUGUGGAGAGUUUUAAUGACCAAGAAGCUGCAGAAAUCUCAGAAGACUUCCAAUAUGUGUCUUACAGUGUCCUUGGUGACCAGUUUUCUUACGUAUCUCCUCAUUACAUAGAAACUCAAGUUAAAAAGUUGGCAAGUGAUUGGGGAAUUGGUACUAAAGGGAGAGCAUUAGUUGGAUUUACACCGCAAGAGUGCAAGAACUGUGCUGAAUAUGCUAUAAAGGAAAAUAUUGGGGAAUUCUGGAAGAUUCGGGGAGGUGUUUUCAUGUGAUUCAAUCUAAGGCUUCACUGAAAUUUUAAGGAAAAUUAUUAGUCAUUACAAAAUUUUCUUUUGGGCAGUGAAGAUGUGGAGAAACUACAAAGAGCUUAGUUGCAGCCAUGUGUUGGAAAAUUGAAAGCAUUCUUUGUUCAACAACAACAAAUGUUCAUAGAUUAUCCUUAAUUACCUUAUAUUUCUAGUCAUCGUUACAAUUUCGAGAGAAUCUACUUUGUAUCAUGUGCUAGUAACUUGUGAACCUUAGAAGCUCUUCUGAAUCAACUGGGUAAAAUGGCCAUGGUUUCUGAACCGUCUUUCAUUAUUAUGAGAAAAAAAGAUAAAAUGAACUUGAUUGGAUUUUCCUGAAUGAACGCUCAAGUUCCAUAUUCAACUCUCAUUUUUUGAGUAAUUGCUAUUUUAUUUAUUUAUUUUUUUGAGACAGGGUCUCACUCUGUCACCCAGGCUGAUGUGCAGUAGUGCAAUCAUGGAUCACUGCAACCUCUAGCUCCUGGGCUUAGGCAGCCCUCCCACCUCAGCUUCCCAAGUAGAGGGGACUAUAGGCACGAGCCACCACACCCAGCUCAUUUUUGUAUUUUUUGUAGAGACAGGAUCUGAUGUGUUGCUCAGGCUGAUCUCAAACUCCUGGCUAAUUAUUCUUUUCAUAUAUGCAUUUAAAAAGAUCAAGACUGGGUACAGUGGUUCAUACCUAUAAUCCCAACACUUUGGGAGGACAAGGAGGGUGGAUCACUUGAGCCUAGCAGUUUGCGACCAAACUCAAACUGGGCGACAUGACAAAACCACAUCUUUACAAAAACUACAAAAAUUAGCCAGGCAUGGCGGUGCACACCUGUAGUAGCUACUUGGAAGGCUAAGAUGGGAGGAUGACCUGAGCCCAGGAGGUUGAGGCAGGAUCAUGCAGUGAGCCAUGAUUGUGCUACUGCACUCCAGCCUAGGUGACAGAAUGAGACCCUGUCUCAAAAAAAAAAAAAAAAAAAAAAAAAAAACCCAACCAACCAACCAACCAAACAAAAAAUCAGAUACUAAGUGACUAAAAAAUGGGAGGGUUACCAAAAAAAAAAAGAAAAAAAAAAAAAAGUCAGGUACUAAGUGACUAAAAAAUCAGAGGGUUACAAAAUAUAAUCUCUCUUUCAAAGCAUGAUUGUUCAUUCUUGCCUAACUACUUUUAGGGUGAUCUGCUACUCAUACACCAGAUAUUGAAUUUUGAAAUGUUUAUAUAGGGAGAUGGCAUGAUGGUGUUGGGCAUAACUUCAAGGAAGUACUUAUUCUUUUGGAAUUUAGAUGGAAAGUCUAAAGGUUUAGAGAACAUACUGUUUUUGAGCAAAGAAGGGUAUUGGCAGAAGAAAUUUUAUUUGAAAGAAAUUAAAAUUUGUAGCCUUUUUGCAUACUAAAAGAAGCUGUUUGUCAAUGAUGGCAAUUUUAAUUAAUGCUUAGUAUUUAUAUUGUUCUAGUAUCAGAUGCUUCCCAUAAAGCACAGAGAAAUGAAUUUUUCCACAAAUUGAGUUUAGCAGGAAAGACUGUGGUCUUCUUUAAUAAGAGCACAAAAUGUGAAUUUAUUUUAAGGAAUUAAAGAGUUUGGCUGGGUGUGGUGGCUCAUUCCUGUAAUCCCAGCACUUUGGGAGGCCAAGGUGGGAGGAUCACUUGAACCCAGAAGUUUGAGACCAGCUUGGUCAAUGUAGUGAGACUAUCUCUAUUAGAAAAAAAAAAGUUUAAAAAAAAAGGCUGAACUCAAUCUUUUUGUAGGAUCCAGUGAUCUAAUUUUUUUUACUUACAUUUGAUUCUUGAAUCUGAUUGCAUUUAUAUUAUUCUGGAAUUCCAAUUCUGUGUGUGUUUUCUCUGUCAAUAUGAUUACAACGAAGAUGGAAAAGAUGAUGGACUAGGUAUGGUUUUUAGAUGUGAGGAAUUUUAGUUGCUCUGGUGAAGAGAGAAAAUGCUGUCCAGUUAGACCUGAUAGGUCUGUCUCUCAGUCUCUGAGAGGUGAGAAGCAGCAGUGCCCAGAUCUUGCCUUGCUUUGGCAGAGGCUGUGUGGCCCGAUAGAAAGAACAGCAGACAGUGGUUUGGAAGGCUUGAGUUCAGUCCUUGCUUUUAUUUUUCAUGUAGCCAUAAUUUCAUUAGCUAUGAAACAGGAAAAAUAGUUCCCUCCCCGACUAGGGGAAUAAAUGUCUAUAAGCUGUAAUGUGAAAAUGAAAUGUAUUAUUAAUAGUUUUUCUAGGUCUAUUCUAGAGCUUUGCUUUAGUUUUGAGCAUCAGUAUUAAACAGAUGAGAGGGGAUAAAAGCACAUGGUGCCACUGAUUCAUAUUGGGUUGUAGGAGGGGUUGAUUCAUUUGCCAGUUACCUGAAUUAACCUCUCCAGGUUUCUGUCACAGCAUUACAGGCUGCUGGCUUUGAGCAAGGCCUAUUUAAAACCAAACAUCCUUUUAAUGGGUACAGUGUGUCAUUUGGGAAGAUGAAAAAUGUUCUGGAGAUGGAUGAUGGUGCUUGGUUGCACAACAGUGUGAAUGUACUUAAUUCCACUGAAUUAUACACUUAAAAAUGGCUAAAGUGGUAAAUUGUAUGUUAUGCACAUUGUGUUUGAUAAUUAAAAAAGAACAAAAAGUAUGUAUUUAUCCCACAAAAGUUAAGAAAAAAAUACAAAAAUCCCCUCAUAUCUGAAUAAGAUAACUUUACUAAGUCCAUUGUAUUAGUCCAUUCUUGUAUUGCUAUAAAGAAAUACCUGAGACUGGGCAAUUUAUAAAGAAAAGAGAUGUAAUUGGCUCAUGGUUCUGCAGGCUGUACAGGAAGCAUGAUGCUGACAUCUGCUUGGCUUCUGGGGAGGCCUCAGGAAACUUACAGUCAUGGUGGAAGGGGAAGGGGGAGCAGUUAUGUCACAUGGCCAGAGAAGGAGCAAGAGAGCUGGUGGGGAGGUGCUACAUACUUUUAAAUGACCAGAUCUCACAAGAACUCACUCACUGUCAUGAGGAGAGUACCAAGAGGAUGGUACUAAACCAUUCAUGAGAAAUGCGCCCCCGGUGAUUCAGUCACCUUUCACCAGGCCCCACCUCCAACUGGGUAUUACGAUUGAACAUGAGAUUUGGGUGGAGACAUUGAUCCAAACCAGAUCAUCCAUAUGUUCUAAAUAAAAUGUUGGCAAAUUUCUAUUAUCUACUAAUAGAUACAAAUAUGUACGACCUAUUUUUCCCUUUUAAAAUCUAUUAUGAUGGACUGUAGUGCUCCAGAUGAGGUUUAGUUAAUGGUUUAAAAUAAAGUUGAUUAAAUGUGGCCUUUGAUCCAGCUAUCCAUUAAAAAACAAAAACUUACAUUUUUAUUACAAAUAAAUAAUUUUAUUUUUCUGAGAUAGAGUCUCAUUCUGUCACCCAGGUUGGAGUACAGUGGCACAAUCUUGGCUCACUUCAACCUCCACCUCCCAGGUUCAAGGGACUCUCCUGCCUCAGCCUCCUGAGUAGCUGGGAUUACAGGUGCACAUCAUCACACUCAGCUAUUUUUUUUUUUUCCAGUAGAAACAGGGUUUCACCAUCUUGCGCAGGCUGGUCUUGAACUCCUGAGCUCAGGUGAUCUGCCCACCUCGGGCUCCCAAAGUUCUGGGAUUACAGGUGUAAGCCACCAUGCCUGGCCAAUAAAUAAUUUUUAAAACAAGCACAGACACACCUCUUACUUCUCAUUCAUAUUUGAAUUUGUCUUUUCUGUCUCUGUUCCCCUUCUGCCUUUUAGAAAAUCUGAACCAGCUGUAAAUUGUGGAAGGUGUUCUGGUGGAUGGGUACACUAUCAUCAGCUCUUCCUCUGCAGGAACUGGCAUAAGUCACUGGGAUGCAUCUAUAAUAACUAAGAAGGAUGAUCCCAUUGGCUUGAGAAAACCUGACAAAUGAACUAACAAAUACCCCGACUCAUAUGCGGCUUUUCUCAGAUUGGCCUCUUAGAAGCAGCCCCACAGUUUGUGCCCAUGUUUCAUCAGUAUUUGUUUUUUAAAUCUUACUACAAGGUGGACAAUGUAUGGAAUAUGUGCUUCAUAGCUCAUAUUUAACCUCCCUCCUUUCACCAACUGUGAAGAGGCCAAAAUUGAUGUGAACAAAUAGACUUUACUUUCUAUCAGCCCCUUUGUGUUUUUAUUCUACCCAACUUUAAACUUUAACUUUUAGUUUCUUAAAAGAGGGAUAAGGAAAGCAACAAGCUA